AUGCCCUCGGCCAAACAAAGGGGCUCCAAGGGCGGCCACGGCGCCGCGAGCCCCUCGGAGAAGGGCGCCCAUCCGUCGGGCGGCGCGGAUGACGUGGCGAAGAAGCCGCCGGCGCCCCAGCAGCCGCCGCAUCCGCCGCCCGCGCUGCACUCUUCGCAGCACCCGCCGCAGCAUCCGCAGAACCAGGCACACGGCAAGGGCGGCCACCGCGGCGGCAAGUCCUCCUCCACCUCCUCCUCCUCCGCCGCCUCGUCUUCGGCGUCCUGCUCGCGCAGGCUCGGCCGGGCGCUCAACUUUCUCUUCUACCUCGCUUUGGUGGCGGCGGCCGUCUUCUCGGGCUGGUGUGUGCACCACGUCCUGGAGGAGGUCCAGCAGGUCCGGCGCAGCCACCACGACUUCUCCCGGCAGCGGGAGGAGCUGGGGCAGGGCUUGCAGGGCGUCGAGCAGAAGGUGCAGUCUCUACAAGCCACAUUUGGGACUUUUGAGUCCAUCUUGAGAAGCUCCCAACAUAAACAAGAUCUCACAGAGAAAGUCGUGAAGCAAGGGGAGAGCGAGAUCAACCGGAUCAGUGAAGUUCUGCAAAAGCUCCAGAAUGAGAUUCUCAAAGACCUCUCAGAUGGGAUCCACGUGGUGAAGGAUGCCCGGGAGCGGGACUUCACAUCCCUUGAGAACACGGUGGAGGAGAGGCUUACAGAGCUCACCAAGUCCAUCAACGACAACAUUGCCAUCUUCACAGAUGUCCAGAAGAGGAGCCAGAAGGAAAUAAAUGACGUGAAGGCAAAGGUUGCCUCUUUGGAAGACGCCGAGGGAUACAAGCAGGAUUUGAAAGCCUUGAAGGAAGCUGUGAAGGAAAUACAAGCCUCUGUGAAGUCCAAAGAAAAGGACCUGGAGGCCCUGAGAAGCACCCUGCAGACCAUGGAGUCUGAUGUCUACACUGAGGUCAAAGAGCUGGUGAGCCUCAAACAGGAGCAGCAGAAGUUCAAGGAGGCAGCCGAUUCGGAGCACCUCACGUUGCAGGCCCUCACAGAGAGGGUUGUCCAGUCCGAGGAGGCCACUUCCCACCUCCCAGAGGAGAUCAGGAGACUUGAGGAGGAGCUGCGCCAGCUGAAGGCCCAGUCCCUCAGGCCAGAAGAAGAUGGGGUUUUCAAAAACUCCGACGCCCUAGAAGCACUCCACAAAAAGAGUGAGGGCUUGGACUCCCGGCUGCAGACUGUGGAAGAUGGAGUCCAGGCCGUGCAGAUGGCCUCUGCGCGGCAGAGCGAGAGCCUGGAGGCCCUCCUGGCCAAGAGCGAGGAGUGUGAGCAGCGCCUGGCCGCCCUGCAGGAACGCCUGGACGGCCUGGGCUCCUCCGCCGAGGAGGCGGACAAGGGCACCCUGGCCAGCACUGUGAGGAGCCUGGGGGAGGCCCAGCUCUCGCUCUACAGCGACGUGGAGGAGUUGAAGAGAAGCGUGGGCGAGCUCCCCAGCACUGUGGACACGCUCCAAAAGGUUCAAGAGCAAGUCCACGCGCUGCUGGGUCAGGACCAAGCCCAGGCAGCCCACGUGCCUCCUCAGGACUUCCUGGACAGACUUGCUUCUCUAGACCACCUCAAAUCCUCAGUCAGCCAAGUGGAAUCGGACUUGAAAAUGCUCAGGACUGCCGUGGACAGUUUGGUGGCAUACUCAGUGAAAAUAGAAACCAACGAGAACAACCUGGAAUCAGCCAAGGGUUUGCUCGAUGACCUGAGAAGUGACCUGGAUAGGUUGUUUGUGCAAGUUGAAAAAAUUCAUGAAAAAGUCUAAAUGGAUUGUGUUUUCAGGGUGCGGAUUGAAAGUCCAAUUUCUCAUGACCAAAAAAAAAAAAAAAAGUUGUUUUUCUCCCAUGCGCCCCCUCCCCUCCACAUUCUAGUCCCCUGUUAAAGAGCAGUGGACACCACUUGGAACACCGCAGCAUUUUGUAUUUCUGUGCCCGGUUAAUUUAUUUACGAUUAUUACCACACACCACUGGUUUCUCAAGUGUUCUGCUUCUGCUUUUGGUUGGUUUCCUUAAGGCCCAGCCCCUGUGGAUCAGAGGUGCCUGUUGGCUGGGAUGUCUCUAGUGUCAGAGAAGAAUGGUAGUGGCUUCAACCGAGGAUAAACAGAAGCAGAUUAACCUCAAAAAAGCCUGGCUGGCUGGCAGAUUUCAAGUGGAAAAAAAAAAAAAAAAAAAAAAAAAAAACGGAGUGGGGGAAGCAUUUUUCUUCCUAGGUGUCUUUAAGGAAAAUCAAUUUUACUUUUUUUAUACUUCUGGCCCAAGUCUUCAGGAGAUGUCACUCAUAUUUUGUCUUCCACUUUAAAUUGGUUAAAACUAAUCAAUGCCAGCUCUGAGUAGGGAGGGGGAAGCCCCCCCACCCCCUUGCUAGUUGAAAGAAGCAGCUGCUUGACUGUGGCCUCCCAUGGUGUGGGUGUCUUCUUCCUUUCCUGAGUCAUCCCAUGAUCUCAAAGGUAACUAUGCAAAGAAUCCAGACGGUUCUGAAUGUGAAGGCACAACACCCCCACAGAGUCCCCUGACCUGUGUCACCUCUUGGUAGGGUCCCCAAAUAAUGCAUACGUUUAUAAUCCCUGAAAGGGGAGCCCUUGCAUUCUUUCAGGAAAUGUAUUAUGGGGGCUCUUCACAAAGGCAUGGGCUUUCUCCCUGGGGAACGGAGGCCAAGUCUUUUCAUUUUGCCACAAUGUCUGUGAAGAGGUCUGCCGUCAGAGCGGACCCUGAUCUGUCAGUGAGGAGCGUGUGCAUUUGCUGUAGUUCGCCGUUUCCCUUUCCCUUUGAGCUGUACUCUUCUUAAAUGGCUGUCUUGCCUUUCAAAAAAAGAAAAAAAAAAAUUUAAAAAAAGGUUUGUUUAGUUUACUGUGAAAUGAACUGUAUGGCUUAUUUACAGUAUUUUUAAUUCUUAAUAAA